UCUUCAUUCAAUAUGUCAUGAGAAGGUCACGCUGGCAAAAAACGAAUCUCUCUCUCUCUCGUCCGUGUUGCUUCGACUUCAAUCCACCGAGCAAAAUUCCCUCAUGAUGGUUUUCUCAUAAUUUCGUCCUCCGUCAUCCCUACUCUCCGACGACCAGUCCAUAUUUGACUAUCGUCUCCAUCCGGGAUGACGAACUCCGCCUUCAAAAAACUCGAGGGGAAAGUAGCCAUCGUAACCGGCGGUGCAAGCGGCAUCGGCAAGGAAACGGCUCGCCGUUUCUCCAGUCACGGAGCAAAAGUCGUGAUUGCUGACAUCCAAGAUGAAAAGGGCCGAGACCUCGUAGAAUCAAUCGGCUCCCACUGCUGCACCUACAUUCACUGUGAUGUUGCGGAUGAGCAACAGGUGAUAUCCUUAGUACACUCGACCCUUCAACUGUAUGGUAAGCUUGAUAUCAUGUUCAGCAACGCUGGAGUGCUCAGUUCUGUUGAGCAAGACAUUCUUGAUUUCGACGUGUCGGCUUGCGAGCGCCUCUUCGCUGUAAAUGUCAAAGGUAUGGCCUCGUGUGUGAAACACAGCGCCCGCGCAAUGGUGGAUAAGGACAUAAAGGGAAGCAUAAUUUGCACUGCGAGCAUUUUUACGACCAUCGGGACCGACAAGUACAUAGACUAUACUAUGUCUAAGUAUGCGGUGCUGGGCUUGAUGAGGUCAGCUAGCAAGCAACUCGGAGCACAUGGGAUACGCGUGAACUGUGUGUCGCCAGGAGCAGUCGCGAUACCAAUGCCCUGCAACACCUUCGGCCGGAAUGAAGAGGAGAUCGAGACACUCUUCGAGUCGAGGUCGAGCUUAAAAGGGGUUUUGAAAGUGAAGCACGUGGUUGAUGCUGUGGUGUUCCUAGCUUCGGAAGAUUCCGAAUUCGUGAACGGCCACGACCUGGUCGUCGAUGGAGGGCUUAACACGCUUCAGCUGACUCCUCCACAGAAUAGGCUUCACGUUUCCAUGUAUGCCAUAUUUUCCGCUUCGGCACAAAGAAAUAUCAUUGUAACUUGAAGAAUGUUUCUCGUCAUGGAAUGUUACUGGCGCUUC